AUGCAGUCUUCACCUUCACGUUCUCCUGUUGCCCCGCCGGACCCAAUACCCAUACCGGACCCCGCCUCGAAACAGUCUUUGUUAGUAGAGACAGUAGAGACUUUAUUAUAUCGUGUGAGUAAAGAGGGUUCUAUAGUGAAACAAGUAUCGAAAAUACUGAGCGAGCAACUUGCUGAAAUCACGAGUGACACGACUCAAUUUGUGACGUGCAUCUUUCAAGAUUUGACGCAGAACAUAUUUCUCCAAUUAUUUGAUGCGAUUUUACAAGACAAAGACCGGAAGAGUAUAUUGACUCAUGUGGUGACUAUCAUCACACCAGACUUGAUGACGCCACAUACCCUCUCUUUGUUGUGUUCUUCAAUGUUAUCGAUCUUACCGUACUCUUCCGGUGGUAUUUUACCGAUCAUUUUGACCUCUUUUAAUAACUUGUCGAAGUCGUUCUUACACGAAGAAGUCUAUUCAUUACUCAUUUCAACACUUUUCGACUUACACUUGGUGUUACUUCCUAAUGCGCAGGAGACGGCGAUGGUCAAAGACUUAAUUAAAUCAUUUCUUGUCAACGCCCCACUCUUGAAAUUUCCAGAGGGAAAGAUCCCCCCUGUCGUCUCGUUACUCACAACAGUCAGUCGAUAUGCCGUCGUUGAUUGGUGCUCUCCAGACGCCGUGCGAACAAGAGAGAUAUUAGACAACAAAUAUCAGUUAUCAAUUGACAUUAAAGCAAAGAUUAAAAACGACGCGGAGAAACACCGGGAAGAGAAGAUGAAGUACGUCAAAGGGUUAUCUGAGGAGAAUAAGAAGUACACCACUUCCCGAGCACACGCGCAUGCUGUCAAGUGCAUUUUAAUGGUUUUGUCUGAGGCCGAUCACACUCAAUUGCAGUCGUAUGACAUGUGGAAACAACCCAUAGUCGACUGUUUGAUAGACAACGGCUUCACUACAGAGCCUCAGAAGUAUAUUCCCGCAGUCAAGAUCUUUGUCGAGAUCAUGUCCUCGCCUAUUUUACACUUAAAAGGCCUUUCUGUGGUAUUGGACAGACUCUACUUGUUUGUGCUUAACUCGCAGAUAUCGACAUCACAACAGAAACAGUUAACGUUAGAGAUGUUAGUGUCACUGACUGAGAAGAGUGAAUGUGUGUUGUCGAUGUUCAAGUUGUAUGACUGUAACUACAAAGCCCCAAAUGUCGUGUACUCCCUCAUUAAGACUCUUUCAGACGUCGUGGAUGGCAAGAUGAAGUCCAAUGAGAAGUAUGUGUCCAAGCAAUUUGACAUCGACAAUCGCAUGCGAGCAUUGAAGUGUAUUCUGAACAUCAUCGAUGGUGUUUCCGAGACAAUAGCGAGUGGGAUAGAAUACAAGAAAGAAGGGAUCGAAGCCAAAAUUGAUCGCAAAGUGAUGCUCGAACAGGGCAUCCAAAUCUUCAAUAAAGAAUAUAUCGAAGGCAUCAACUUCUUUGUGAGACAUUCAUAUUGCAAAGAUAACAAGAAGGACAUCGCGGAGUUCUUGUUAACGACGCCCGGAGUCGAUAAACGGAAAAUGACGGAGUACUUGACUUCCAUAGGAAAAGAAGUCCCAGAAGUCUUAAAUAACUUAAUGAAAGACAUCGACUUCACAGGAGAACGGUUUGAUGAUGCUCUCCAGAGGAUGUUUCGUAUCUUCUGUACCCCUGGGGAGGUACAUAUAGUUGAUAAUAUCAUUCCACGCUUUGCAGAGAGGUAUGUGGAGUGUAACCAAUCUCUUCAUUUGAGUAUCGAAGAUGUCUCUUUAUUAACUACUUCAGUCAUUGGCAUUGCAAUGGAUACUUCUAAUAAGGAAAUGACACUAAAGAAGUUCCAAGAGAUGGUAUCUGGUAUUAAAGGAGAUGUUGAUAUCGAAGGACUCUAUAAAAGAGCAUCGAGCGGGAUGUUUGCGGUGUCCGACUGGCUUCUUGGAGUCAAGAGAGAUAACACAGAAGACUUAGAAAUGAAGGAACAGAUGCUUCGGACGAUGAGUGGGAUCGACACUAAUAUGUUAAAAAUACGGAAGACGGAAGAUGAGACGUUCUCCUCAAUAACAUCUGAACUUGUCGAGAUGUUCUUACGAAGUGUGACUUCGUCGUGUUGUGACAUCUUUAGAAAAGCCUUUUUCAAUGAAGAGACUGGGGACUUUGUUGAGAACAGUUUGAAAGGGAUGCAGAAAUUGAUCCACUGCACUUCCAUCUUAAAAAUGUCUGAGAGUGACGACUUACUCUCCGAGUUAUCAUUAUGGACAGUCUUAUUGACACCAGAGAUGAUGCGUGCAAAGCACGUCUUAGCCAUUCGAUAUAUCAUACAAAUUUGUAAAGACGAGGGCAUGUAUAUAUUGAAGGGAUGGGUGUCAUGCCUCAAAGUGAUUAGUCAUUUAGACCACUUAAACCUUCUCCCGAAGCCUAAAGGAGUUAUAACUGAGUUAAAGGAGAUGCCUAAGAAUGAGAGAGACAUAGAAUAUAUUGAGUACUUGGGGUGUUUCACCUUUGUGAAUAAUGACCUUCGCAUCUCGAAUAAACAGUUUGACCCGAAGACGUUGACGACGUUGAAAUCUUUCUUACAGAAACAGAUAGGAGUCAUGAACGACAUCUUUGCGAAGGAGGCGGUGGCUUCCAAAGAAAACUUCUUCUGCUUUUUGAAUGCGAUGAAGACGGUGGUCUUGUCGGAGAUCAACACGUUGUGUCCGCAGAUGUUCUUGUUCACGAUGUUAUUGCAUGUCCUCUUGAUGUGUGUUGGUCGCGAGAGAAGUGAGAUCGACGACAUCAUUCAAAUUGCGACGGAAGUCUACACUAAAGCGGGACUCCACCCACAUGAAGUAGUUUCCGUCGAAGCUGUGAAAGCACUUGGAAUGCUUCACGACAAGUUUUAUAAGAACGAUGACAUCAUCAACUCGUUGAUUGUUAUUAUGGCGGAUUCUCCUAUAGAAAAAGUGAGAGAAGAAGUGAUGAAGACAAUCACUGACGUGUUAGAGAAACACGACGUCAACAAACACAUCAAUUGGACGGGGAUACUCCAUAUCAUCAAUUUGGCUGGAAAAGACCGAAAUCCAGUGAUACUAAAACUUGGAUUCUCAAUGCUCCAGAUGGCUUGCACACAAGCGAAUGAUACUGAGAAUAAGGCCCUUGUUAAAUAUGGUCUAGCACUUUUCUCAAGGAAGAUCUUGAAUGAGAAGAUGGCGCGGGAUGUCAUCGAUAUGUGUCGAAUGUACUUAAAGGAAGACACGACACCGGAGGAUAUAGAAAGUGGCAAUUUGGAAAUCAUGUAUGCCCUCGGCGGAGUCAUCGGAAGUCAACGGAUUGAAUGUGGAGCAGAAGCGAUGGGUAUAAUGCGGAACCUAUUUGACAAGAUCUCUAAAAUAGGAGUUGUCGAGGCUGUUUUUGAUAUUAUAACACCACAGAUCUAUUUCAAUAUAGAAAACAAAGAAGAUUGGAUUACACCAAUUGGGAUGACUUUUGCGUUACAUUUAUUAGAAUUAAUUACUAGUAAUAAAGCAGAUAUAGAAAAUGUCGAUAUCAUUUUAAAUGUUAUUCAAAUGUUGGCAGUCAAAGGCGGAGAUAUUUGUUCGUCUGUCAAUGACAUAUUGAUGAAAGAAGUUUUCGAAGUCAUGGUGGGACAUCAAAAUUGCGUUUUGGGAACAGUGAAAACAAUUGAGUUUUUGAAAAAUCACAUCACGUCCGUCAUUCUGUUACAAAUGAAUUCCAAAAUCAAAACGCCUCGGAAAAUUUGUAACGCCGAUAACAAAUGUUCGACGUGUAAAAACGUGUGCACACGUCAUACAAUGUUACCGUGUCUCUAUUGUAAUGAUCACGUUUUUUGCAGCGAAAAGUGUCGGAAGAAAUUUGGCAAUCACAAAAUGGCGGUGAAACAUUUCGAGUAUAAUUCUAUUAAAGUGAAAGAUUUACAAAAGAUAUUGGCACUUGAUCUUAAAAUCGUUAUGUUAUUGUAUAAUAGUGUUUCCGAUAUAGUUUUGAAAUGCAACGUGGACACACUCUUAGAUCAUUUCGUCAAUCUCCUUGAUGAUUUUGCCGCAGGCAUCGGGAUUUUUGACAAGAUUUUGGCAGACACGUUUAAUAUGUUACUCGAGUCAUCAACAAAAUGUUUUAUCUCUUUCGUUUUGGAAAGUCAGAAAUUCGAAAGACUCAACGAUUUAUUCAAACUUGACAUAAUCUUCGCUCAGAUUUUGUGCGACUCACUCAUUUUCGAAAGAAACUCCGUUCUCUCAGAAGUCAAAAAAUCACUCGAUGUGUCAAAAUUGCCAACGACAGCAAAUGGGAAGAAGCUUGCAACAAGAUUGUUGACACUGUAA